AUGAAUAACUUGAACGUUUUCAAUUUUGCAGAGUUAAAAAAGAGUUUGCCAGCAAACCCGUCAAAACAAGCUGCAUCGCUUCCACCUCCGUCAGUACUCGGACAACUUUAUCAGCAUACUACAUCAGAUUCUACUUUUUUCAAUGUACCAUCAAUUGUAACGUCACCUUCCAUACCAAACGAAUCUUAUGCCAUGUUCCAGAUGUCACAUGAUUCCAUGAAAAACCAAAUUUCACAGGCAAUUUCGGCUCCUACCACGCCUACCAAUGAUCCUACACCUGGUAAUAGUAAUUUAGCGCAUAUUCCAUGCAAGUUUUUCAAAAGCAGUGCCUGCACAGCUGGAAAGAAUUGUGCAUUUUCACACGACAAAAAUUCAUCGGCAGACAAUUAUGUUUGUAAAUACUUUCUCAAAGGAAAUUGCAAAUUUGGAACUAAGUGCGCUCUGUCUCACACACUAGAUCUUAUUAGUGGGAGUAUUCCAGAAAUUAUAUCUCCUAUUAUGCAUCCAUAUGUCGGUGGACAUGAGCAAAAUGAUUUCCCCCAAAUGAGUUCUUCUGUGGGUAGUGGUGGUGCACCAUUCUCUCGUAUACCACUUAAUCCAGCCCCAGAUUACAUGAAUAAUCGACAAUAUAGUCACCUUACCGCUUCUCUGAAUGAUCAGCCGUUCUCUCCUGAUGAGGCCGUGCAAGAUUUGAGGAUUCACAAUUUUUCGCCCACAUACGGAGAUCAUUUGACUGCUCCAAUUCAGAUUCAUAAUCAUCGGAGAUCUUUGCCUAAUAUUUUACAUCCGACAGCAGACCAUUUUGGAACUUCGCCAUUCCAUCAAAGUAGCGGCUCCAAGCCUCUGCUUAUGCCACCUGGUGGCACAUCUUAUGGAAGUGACAGUGGCAUGUUAUCGCCCACUAGUAAUACACAUCAACUUCAAAGCAUUCCAGAGAUGCAAGAUUUACGAAAUAAUGACGAAUUAAUGUUUGAAUAUGAGGAGGAGCUACUUCCUUCCUCCUUGAAUGAUUUACUUACUCAUGCUGAACGAGAAAGACGACGUAGUCGUCAAGAGGAGGGGUUUGACAGCCCACGACGCUGGUUAAAUGGAGCUCCUACAUUAUCAUUGCCUCAAGGUGUUGGCAUGAGUUCUAAUUAUUUGAAUCAUCAUCAAAAUCAUAAUGAUGGUCAGCAUCUCGGUCCUGGAUUCCCUAAUUACGGGAUUAACACCAACCAUAAUCAGAACAAUAAUAACAACGUCAAAGGAAAUUUCGAGCAUUGGAGCAAUCAUUUUAAUCAGCCACAACAACGAUCUACUCCCAAUAAUAUUAGUAUUAGUAUUACUAAUGGCAAUAAUCAUGUUAGUCCGCAUCUUAAUCAACAUCACCAACCACCAAUACAUCCCCCUCAUCCGCAACCAGCCUCCUACUCUAACUUCUCAUUUGAACUAUCGCAUGCAACGCCUGCCAUAAAUAUUCCCGUACAUGAUAUCAAAUCCAUUGAUUCUGCAAUGUUGGGCAACAUUGAUUAUAAUGGAUCACAAUUAUCACCUCAUCGUUUUACUCCUUUUGAUGACGACGUACUUUUCAAGAUGGACGAGGAAAAAAAUGAGUCAAUGCCGUCAGAAAUGCCUAACAGCAAUAAUACAACUACCACUUCUGCCACUUCUGCUGCUGCGGCUAGUGAUACUCCAAAGACAGCUGAACAAAUUAAAGCGCCACUUUCUUAUUCCGCUAUUACUAAAGCCGGUUUAAAAGAUUCUGGUACUACUCCUGGAAUUAGUAUUGACUCUAGACGUUCUGAGCCGCUAUGCCCGUUUGGUAUUGCUGGGAAUUGUCGAUACGGCGACCGUUGUCAUUAUUUGCAUGGAAGGCCUUGUCCUUCUUGCUUGAAACUUGUCUUGCAUCCAUAUAAAUCUGCACAAGAACAUCAAGAGCAUAUCGAUGAAUGUAUAAAUAGACAAAUUAAGGUGGUUGAUGGUGUGAAACCGGAAGAAUUGGAAUGUGGGAUUUGCUACGAAAAGGUGUUGUCUAAGGAAGAUGCGCGAUUUGGACUUUUGAACUGUGAACACGCUUUUUGCCUUCAAUGUAUUCGACAAUGGCGAUCUAACAUCACCAUGGACAAUCAAGCGGUUCGUGGAUGUCCUAUUUGUCGAACCCCUAGUCAUUUUAUCACGCCAAGUACAACUUGGAUCACGGAUCGUCAAGAAAAGCAAAGAGUGAUUAAUUUGUAUAAAAGAAAGUGCAGCGAAAUUCCAUGCAAACACUUUAAUUACGGCGAUGGUCAAUGCCAAUUCGGCACCUCUUGCUUUUACGCACAUGUCUAUCGUGAUGGCACUAAAGAAGAUGUGAAUAUUCGCAAGAUUCAGAAUGGAGAGGAAGUUCGUGUAUUGGAUAGUGUCCGUUUAUGGGACUUCAUGGAAGAUUUUGCGAAUAAGCGUGGAGCUGCCGUUGUGUCUGCGUCGACAGCUGGUAAUCAAUAUCAUGGGACUAAUAGGAAUGUAUUAGACGAGAACAACGACAAUACCUCCAACACCAAUACCACAUCUACCUUAUCAGUACACUCGCCAGUAUUCACGCCAUCUGGCUUAACAAAUCCAAAUCUGGGUUUCACCCAAUCUUCGCACGAAAUCAACACUGAGGAGUCGGAAAACGGUGUUCCUGAUCCCUGA